GUUUGAUGCGGCUGGAGCCGACAGGAUUGACUUAGAGAGGAGCAGAGGGCCGGUGCUCCAGCUGGACUUCCGUGAGCAUUUGAGCAGAAAACCCAGGGAUGGAUAAUUCAGGGGUCUGUUUGGCCAAUGCGACGGUCUGCAAUGGCUCGUCCUGCGUGGUACCCGAGAGCAACUUCAACGCCAUUCUAAGCACGGUCCUGAGCACCGUGCUGACCUCCCUCCUGGCCCUGGUGAUGUUCUCCAUGGGGUGUAACGUGGAAAUCAAGAAGUUCCUGGGGCACGUAAAGCGGCCGUGGGGCAUAUGUAUUGGCUUCCUCUGCCAGUUUGGAAUCAUGCCUCUCACGGGGUUCAUCCUAUCAGUGGCUUUUGACAUCCUCCCUGUCCAAGCCGUGGUGGUGAUCAUAAUGGGAUGCUGUCCAGGAGGCACUUCCUCCAACAUCUUGGCCUACUGGGUUGAUGGCGACAUGGAUCUGAGCAUCAGCAUGACCACAUGCUCCACGGUGCUGGCUCUGGGAAUGAUGCCGCUGUGCCUCUUAAUCUAUACCAAACUGUGGGUCAACUCUGGAAUGAUCGUCAUUCCCUUUGAUAACAUAGGCAUAUCUUUGGUCGCUCUUAUUGUUCCUGUGUCCAUCGGAAUAUUUGUUAAUCACAAAUGGCCACGUCAGGCCAAGAUCAUACUUAAGGUUGGAUCCAUCACAGGCGCCCUGCUCAUCGUGCUCAUAGCUGUGAUCGGAGGAGUGCUAUACCAGAGUGCCUGGAUCAUCGAGCCCAAACUCUGGAUUAUAGGAACCAUAUUUCCUUUGGCCGGUUACUCCCUAGGCUUUUUUCUGGCUAGACUAGCUGGUCAGUCCUGGGACAGGUGCCGAACGGUUGCUCUGGAAACCGGGAUGCAGAACACGCAGCUGUGCUCCACCAUCGUCCAGCUCUCCUUCACCCCCGAGGAGCUGAACCUCGUGUUCACCUUCCCCCUCAUCUACAGCGUCUUCCAGCUCUUUCUGGCAGGAGUAUUUGUAGGAAUAUACGCGGUAUACAGGAAAUGGUAUGGUAAAAACAAGGUGGAAUUUCCAGAGGGCAAAGACAACGAACCCGACCCCAAGUCAUCAUUCCAAAAGGCAAACGAAGGAUUUCAACCAGAUGAAAAGUAAACAGCAGUAGACCAAAAAGAAGAAUUCCAAAGACUGCUUCCACUGCCACAGGAUUUAAUUAUUUGCUUUGUUGGGACACUGGGCAGGAAAAAGUGAAAGUGAAAAUGUUAAGUUUGAAUUGAAUCCAUGUACUGGUUUGGGUACCAAGUGACUGGAAGUUCAAAUCUUUAAUAUGACAAAUAUUUAUACAUA